GACACCAGAAGAGAGACUCAGGUUUACACAGUGUCAUUGUAAGUUGUUACAUUGUGGGUUUACAAUAAAUUCGCAGAGAUGACAGUAAUUAGGGUGAUUGUAAUGAAAAGGAAAGGGAACUAUUUUAAAGGAGAAGCAGUCUUGAAGGAAGCACUAUAUCAAUUCUAGUACUCUAAAAACCAUAAUAAUGAAGUAAUUGAAAAGUAUCUAUCUUGGUAGGUGGAAACAGUUGGAGACAAGUAUAUGACAGUGAGUGGUCUACCCGAGCCUUGCAUGCAUCAUGCACGAUCUAUCUGCCACCUGGCUUUGGAUAUGAUGGAAAUAGCAGGCCAGGUUCAAGUAGAUGGUGAGCCUGUACAGAUAACCAUAGGAAUCCAUACUGGUGAGGUAGUCACAGGUGUCAUAGGUCAAAGAAUGCCACGGUACUGUCUCUUUGGAAAUACUGUCAAUCUAACAAGCAGAACAGAAACUACUGGAGAAAAAGGAAAGAUCAAUGUUUCUGAAUAUACUUACAGGUGUCUUAUGACACCAGAAAAUUCAGAUCCUCAGUUCCACCUGGAGUACAGAGGUCCAGUUUCUAUGAAGGGCAAAAAAGAGCCAAUGCAGGUUUGGUUUUUGUCCAGAAAGAGUACAGAGACAGAGAGGUUCAGCUGAAGUUUCUCUCUCGAGAAGCAGAUUUGUUGUAAAAAAAUAAAUUUUGCUGAGAGCCCCAGAUGUACAAUUGCAAUUUUACUCCUUCUCCAGUUUUUAACAUCUUUAUCUUCUGCCCUGUUCCCACAUUACUGGUGGAAACAAAUUGAAAUAUCUCAGGCAGAGCUGGUAGUUCACCAGGGUAUGUAGGAAUUGUUUAAUUCCCACAUACAAUCCAUAUAGAAGAAAUACAUGCACUAUCAAUGGGGUUUUUUUGUUUGUUUUUUUUAUAUUUUUCUCAUUUACUGAUACUGGUUGCAAGUUGUAAAAUGUAUUUUGUCACUGCAUUAACCCUCCAUGUUGUUGCUUCAAAGAAAAUUCCUUACUUCUCAAAUUCUGCUUGCAUGCUCUCAAGGAAACAAAGCAAGAUGCUUUCUGAGCUGAGGAAAGAGGAAGAGGACGCUGAAUAGGGUGCAGUACUGUCUCCAAAUAGGGUGCCAGACAGUAAGGUUAUGUUAUGGAUGUUCUUUCAUAUUAUAUCUCCCAUUACCAUGUGCAAUACCAUUGCCUUUUGCCCUACUCCUGAAGUCAUACUUAGCAUUUUUCUCCAAGCUUGCUUGCUAAUUUUUGUCCUUAUUGUUUGGUACUGUGACAUCUCUGCUAUGAGCAUGUAUUUCAAGCUUUCCUGUUUUUGAUAUGCAUUUUUGCAUGUCAGUCAUGUGACCGUUCCUACCACCAGACGAUAUUGAACGAAACCAUGUAGUAUGCAGCCACAACUAACCACUUCAGUCUGAAGAUUCACAUCUUCAUCUUCAUCUCUGAAGUACUGUGGUUAUGUGAAUUGAUGACAUUUCUGGAAAGAGAGGUAUUUUAGUCGAUAGGCAGAACAAUGAACCUAAGGAACUAUGUUUAGUAAAAUUACCUAAAACAACAUUAUGAAAAUUGUUGCCUUUUUACGCUGGAACAGAGAACACAGUUAGGGGGAAUAAAAGGGUAUUUAUUGGGAAGGCCUCCAAGGCCACACUCCGGCAGUCACAGUGCCACAACGUGGCCCCUGCCCUGCCCAAGUGGCUCUCCGGUGGGAGGAAAGAGAGAGGUCACAUGACUCCACACCUCCCACAAGCUCCGGCCGAACCGUCCUCCUCCCAUAUCGCCCACACUCAAGGCUGGAGCCCAAGGACAACCGCCCCCGAAGUCCACAGCCGGCACCAGACCACUGCAACCCCCCCCCAACUCCAAGCACCUAUGCAGAACAGAAAACCCCGAUCCGAAGGCAUCAUUUCCCCAUUUAGAGGCUUGACAACGCCUCUAUACCUUGUCAAGUCUCUAUUCUAAAUUUUUUGUAAAUUUUACUAACAACGAAAACUUAAUGACUUAUCAGUGUCUAACAUUAAAAAUGUAAGUAUCUAAUAAC